GCUGCUGUUUGACCCACGUCCUCAAGCCUUCAUUUCUAGGGUUUUGUGUCGCGCUCUUAAAACUGCCAUUUCCCCCCUCGCACUCUCGCAGUCGUUCAUAUAAGCCCUAAUGUCCUCCUCUCCUCCCCACCCUCCCAAGAAGCUCAAGAUGUCCUCCUCCGCCACCACCUCCGACGCCGAGGAGACCCCUUCGUCCGCCCCCGGCGAACCCCGGCGGCGCUACAAGCGUCGCAAGGUGGCCAUCUUCCUCGGCUACUGCGGCGCCGGGUACCAGGGCAUGCAGAAGAACCCCGGCGCCCGAACCAUUGAGGGGGAUCUAGAGGAGGCCCUCUUCCUCGCCGACGCUGUCCCUGCUUCCGACCGCGGCCUCUCGCGCCGCUACGAUUGGGCCCGAUCUGCUCGCACCGACAAGGGCGUCAGCGCUGCUGCUCAGGUCGUCUCGGGACGCUUCUACGUCGAUCCGCCUGGCUUCGUUGCCCGCCUCAACGCCCACCUCCCUGACCAGAUCACCGUCUUCGGCUUCAAGCGAGUCACCAAUUCCUUCAGCGCCAAGAAAUUCUGUGAUCGGCGACGGUACGUCUACCUUCUUCCCGUGUUUUCCCUUGACCCUAGCGCACAUCCGGACCGGGAGUCCGUCAUGGCGAGCAUCGGAUCUGACAACGAGCUCACUCGUUGCUUAGAGUGCUCAGAAAGGGGACGCAAGAUACCUACCUCCAUGGAUCCCUUUUCUCAGGGAUCUAAGCAGGAAGAAAGGCCUGAUUCUGAACAAGUUGAGGAUGGUAAAUUUGAGUCAACUAAGCUAGAAAAACCUGAUAUUGUUGCAAGGGCUGGAGCUGGUGAUGAUCAACUUGGUGCCCAAGAUAUAAUUUUGACUAAAAAUCAACCUGAAACUGCUGAUUCUAUAUCGAUGGAAGGUGAGCUUAGGGCUUCCAAUGUGGAUGAAUGUGGUAAUCCAAGCAAUAGGGAUUCCUUCUUGGAAGAGAGAUCCACAAUGCAAACUGUAGUUCAUGAUGAAUCCAAUGAGCAACUGACUGCCAAAACCAAGUUUUGUUAUGAUGAUGAACAGAAAGCAAGAUUCAAUCAAAUCCUACAGCAUUAUGUAGGAACCCAUAACUUCCAUAACCUCACGACUAGAAUUAAGCCUGAAGAUCCCUCUGCUCGUCGUUACAUCAUAUCCUUCAAUGCAAAUAGUGUCGUUUGUAUUGACGGGAUUGAGUUUGUGAAGUGUGAAGUUGUAGGGCAGAGCUUCAUGCUCCAUCAGAUCAGGAAGAUGAUCGGCCUCGCUGUUGCAGUGAUGAGGAAUUGUGCACCUGAAUCGCUUAUGGAUGUGGCAUUAAGAAAGGAUGUAAGAAUCAACGUUCCAACGGCUCCUGAAGUCGGACUAUUUCUAGACGAAUGCCAAUUCACUUCCUAUAAUAAUCAAUGGAAGGACUCACAUGAGCCACUGACCAUGGAUGCAUAUGCUGAAGAAGCUGAAGAUUUUAAAAUGAAGUAUAUAUACCCUCACAUCGCCUCCAUGGAGCACAAAGAAGGAGCCGUUGCGCUCUGGCUUCACUCGUUGAACCAUCGUAACUAUCCAGAUCUCGGUUUCAUGGAGACAAGUGUAUGUGCUGGUGCUCAUGAGAAACAUGUUGAAAACUUAGCAGAGUAAUUCCUUGAGAAGAGUUUGUUCAUGUCACUUGAUAUUGAGCUAGAUGAAUUGUUCCACCUUGAGACUAGCAAUGAAACACCUUUGACCUCGGCGGCAGGCCAAAUGCACAGCGACUUUUGAAGUUCGAUGAGCUGCAAUGACUCAUAGUGAGAAGGAAUACAUAGUGAGAUUUAGUGGAAAGAAGAUCUUCAAGUCGAUCCAAAGUGAAGUGACAGUAGGAGGAAGUUGAAGAGUAUUUCAUAAGAUGUUGCGACGACAUUAACUAAGGCAAAAGGUUCACAUAGUUCCAAUAAGGUUUCUAUAGAGUUGAAGAGAUA